AAUGUCAAUCUCGUUCUCAAACUCAAAUGAAGUCAACAAAAUGUCGUGAUAAGUUGUAACAAAAUGGAAUACUAAAUAUUUCAAAUAUAUUAUAAGGACAUGUUUCAAUUCUACUUAAACUAUUAAGUAUCAAAGUAAUGGUUUAAAUGUACUCUAAGUAUAAGUAAAAUACAUAAAAAUGGUGGUGAUUAACGCACCAGAAACACCAAUACAAGCUGAAAUUAUAUUUGUUAUAGAAGCUACAUCAGCAAACAGCGCCUAUAUAACUGAAUUGAGAACUAAUUAUAUCGUGCCCACAUUAGAAUACAUUGGUGGUAAUGCAGAGAACCGUGGUUGUAUAACGGAAGCCUUAUCAACAGCAUUAUCUUGCUUCGAUGAGCUGGGACGUACUGAUCUGCCAAUGCACAUAUUAUUAAUAUGUUGUUCACCUCCUUAUUCUGCAUAUGCUGGAGGUUUGGUACCACAGGGUGCUCCCGCUACAGUAGAACAAGCGGCCCGUUUGAUUAGUGAGCGUGGUGCUCACCUGUCUAUAGCUUCUGCUAAACGAUUGCCCGCAUUGAUAGCUCUUUACGAACAUGCAGGUGGGGAGCUGCAUCAAGCACAACAGAGGAACUAUGCUAAGGACCCUCGGCACUUGGUACUGACUCGGGGUUACAGUCUAAAAGAGAGGCCCCCGAGUCCCGCGCCAAAGCCUGCACCCGAUGUACAACCUGACAUGUACGGUCAAGCGCGUGCGACCGCAGCGCCACCUCGCGGUCCUGCAGCGCCACAGUUCCAGCGUGAUAUCCGAGCCCCAGUGCGUCCCGGAUGGAUGGGUGUGCACCCUCAGCGUCAGCCUAUAUAUGCCAACAACUCAGCACUGCUCACCCAGCUGGCUCAGCCUUCUUAUCCUCCACCUCCACCCGCGCAUGCCGCCCAGGGCAACAUGCAGCGAAUGCCAUCUCUGCUGAACCAAGGUGCUGGACCCUCCGCUCCCGGCGGGCCUCCGACCCUCAAGCGCACAUACAUCUGGUCCGGCAUCCUCGAGUGGAUGGAGAAAGGGAAGACAUCUGGUGACCAGCAGAAGGUCACCAAGCAUCUACCGUGUCAGGUAUCAGCGAACUCAAAGGACGUGGAACCUGAGCUGAAGGUGGAAACUUGGCCGAACAAGCUGCUGAUGCAGCUGAUGCCGAAGCAGCUGAUCAGCAACAUUGGCGGUCAGUACCUGCGCGACAGCAAGUCUGUGCUCUUCCAUCUCCAGCCAAAUGAGUCCGUGGAGUCCCUCACCAAGGUCAUGGUUAAUGGAUAUGCGGGGUGCGUCCACUUCUCUCCGAUGUCGUCUCCACCUCAAUGUGACAUCAAAGUGCUGAUCCUCCUGUACACUCCUGACAAGAAGGCUUACCUCGGCUUCAUACCCAACAACCAGGCCACCUUCGUUGAGAGAUUGAGGAAGGUGAUCCAGCAGCAGAAGAUAACGCAGAUCAUCAAGCAGGGUCCAGCAGCUGCGGCUGGCGCUCUACCAUCAGCCACUAUCGCCGAUUUUGAUUUGCAAACUAUGAUGAUAUCAAACAACAUGGGUGGGCAAGUGGGCAACGUGCCCGGCGUGGGCGUGGGCGGCAAGGGUCCGCGGCCUGUGACACAGCUGGACGGGCUGGAGGCGGCGCGCCAGCAGAACCUGGAGAAGAUCCAGCACCUGCAGCAGACGCUGGAGGCGGCGCACCAGCAGGAGGCGCAGUUCAAGUCCCAGAUGGACAUCAUGUCGCAUCUGCACGCUGCACAGCAACAGGAACAGCAUUACAAGCAGCUUGAGGAGCAACGUAAGCAGCAGCUCCAGCAGCAGCAGCAGCAGCAGCUGCAGCAACAGCUGCGCGGUGGCGCGGGGCAUACUCCUCGUGUCAUGCAGAGUGUCAACCAGGGCCUGCGCAACUUGCUGCAGCAGCCUCAGUACCGUCCUGCGGGGGGCGCGGUGAGGCCCACCACACAGCCGCAGCAGUUCGACGAGGUCAACAACUAUAACGACUUCCUCUGAGACUUGACUGAAGAUAGCUCUACAUCGUAUAAAGUUAAUUUUAUAUUAAUAAGUAGGAAUAUUAAAAAAUAAAUU